ACGGGCUGGCCGGCUGGACAGCCACUGUGGUGAGAGACAGUUGAAUGACCACAGGCGAUUUAAGGACGUGCCAUGGUUCAUUAGAGCCUCUGUUCGUCUUACUCAACCCCCACCCACCGGGAAUGCAUGGGAACUGGUCAAGUGUAACUAAACUCGAUCGCCUUUCAAUAUAUGGUGCCAAAGUCGACCUGCUAACCGCCUGACUGUGCACAGGUAGUACCGUUAUCCAGUGGACUUUUUUUAAAAUCAACUACGAACAGGUAUAUCUACUUGUUUCGUUAGCUGCUUUAACCAAGCAGAUUCAAUCGAACGAACAGGUAGCAAACAGAAAACAAUAGUACUUCAGCUGACUGAAUUCGUAUAUGUCUUACCCAGGAAAGUUAACGCUGCUGUGGCAAAAAAGGGACACAACGCGCGGAAACUCUUUUUUUCCAUUGGGCAACUGAACGGCCGGAAACUGCAACUAUUGUUAACAUUGAAGCGUGACAAAAGACGUGCACAUAAAUCUAUGUGAAGGUAAGCAGUGCGAAAAGGACAUGUUUCUAUAGUUAUAGUAUAAAGAUAGUUUACAUCGAUCACCAUGAACCGCCGUUCGUACGAUCUAGUAAAAGGGUUGAGGACAAACGAUGGUUCCAGUCAAUGGAGUACCCGGUCUUACAGUUUGGACGAAAUCACCCGGAGUUUUUCUUUGCCGAUGGUGAUCAAAUCGGAUAUGAAAUCUUGUUCACUGGUCCACCAGGAUUACAAACUACAGCUGACCGAACAACCCUUGUUGUUGUAUGAGACUAGAACUAAAUACAAAAUGGUGGCGAAACAUUUGCCAAUACGGCCAACAGUCCAACAUCCCUAGGGACAAGAAGACGUCGCCCGAGGGUGGGGAGAAAGUGAUUCUACCUGAAGAUUACCCUGGUUGGUUCGUACACCUUCGGUCUGUGAGUGGUGGUGUUAGAUGUUUCGAAAAUGUCAGCGACCUGGCUUCUUCGAAGGUUAAGGCCUUCGUCACGGGGUCAAACGUCGCUGGUCUGCAGGUAACCCCUCUGCAAAUGGGAAAAGUCGAGCAUAAACCACGUCACUUCCUGCCCGGGACUGUCUUCUGGGCUGAGAAGAUAUACGUGGGCAAGGUACGAGUCGACGCCGGGGUGAAGUUUCUGUUGUUCAGGAAGACCAAAUUGCAGGACGUGAAAUAUUUGAAAUGCCGUGACGUUCAAAACAGGGAUAUUUUGUUAGCUAUGGACAAAGUAGGGAAAUUUUUCGAGAUAAGUCCAGUUUUAACCCAGAAUAACACAGCAGAAAAAUACGUUUUUAACACAGAAGAUCUGUUCUCGUUGAAGCAAAUUAUCUCCCCUGUUAUGCUCAUUCAUGGACAAAUCCCGCGUGUGGACAACUUUUCCGGGAUUCUCCAUCUGCAGCGGAAGUUCUUGGACAAGACCGUUGUGGCAGCCACUAAUAUUGACCGUAACAAUCACGUGGUCCUGGAAAUAGCCGUGGCGUCGUCAACGACCUAUCACAUGGCUCUGAACAGCAAGGAUGCCAUCAAAAACGGUGAUAUGGGAGGUGCCCUGAAACACUGCCGGCGAAAAGCGGAUCAGUUUAUGCAGAGAAUCCGCGUGCCAUUUGCGAUGUCGCAAGAGGAGAUGCACGAAGUAGACUCACCGAACGACAGUGUUGAGUUAGAAGAAGAGGAGCUAAUGUCCAGAAAAUUGACCGCCAUUACCGAAUCCAUUGAAGAAGAGGGGGACGAAGAACUGAGCGAGGAAAAUAAAGAAAACAUCUUGGCUAAUUCUUAUUCGAUAGACACAGCAAAAAACACAAAUGACAAAUCGACGUUGUUAAACAAUGCAAACAAGCCUACAAACGGGAACGAAACACCGACGGUUUAUGAACAAAACGUCGACACGGAUGAUGAAAUGACUGAAGAGUCCGAGAAACCAAUAAACAUUAUCACCGAUCAGACUCACAACGAUAUAAACGAUAACAUUAAUGCGAACGAUGUUGCGUGUUUGCGGACUAACGAUGUGGAAAACGAGAAAACGAUGACUGUAACUGUUGAAGAAAAGUUGAUAAACCUUAACUGCAUGUCGGAAGUGAUGUUGUGUUCAACAACAACGGAAGUGCCGAUUACUGAAGCUGACGAGAGUAGGAAUGGACUCUCUGAUAAUUCCGACGAAGUUGAUUCGGACAAGAACAAAAUGGUGGACAGUGAUUCUGGUGACGAUGCAGAUUCUGGUAUAUCAGACAAACACGUAACAUGCCUUUGAGAGGCUAUAUUGGAGCUGAAAAUAAAUGUAUUUGACUAUGCUAAAAUAAAUGGCUCCAUAGCGUUUGUAUGCCUUGUGCUGCACCACCAGUCUGAUAUACUUUCCUGUAUAUGCAGCUGUAGACUUUAUGAAGUUCGCUGGAAGAGUUAUUUUCUAAGGCUACUUCGUUGGCGUGGGUUAUACAUGUACUUGGUCUUACUUGAGAUUAAUAUCUGUUAUCUGUUAUUCUGUUUUUCAUGCAUGCACGUACUGUCAUUAAAAUAAAAAAAAGGUUCGUAAGUCAUGUGCUGUCAUUAAACGCAGUGAGUCCGUAAGUCAUGUGCUGUCAUUAAACGCAGUUAGUCCGUAAGUCGUGCUGUCAGGUGCCUCCUUGAACUGAAGUCAGUCUUGUUCCACAGGUUGUUUAUAUCUGUCACUAACUAUACAGUUUGUCCGUCAUGUGUACUGUAUUCAUCAUUAAUGGCUGACACAUGCAUGUAUAACUGCCAUGACUUAACUCUGGUGUAAGCGUUCAUGUGCUUCAUACGCGAUUUACAGGAGCUAGUCUCUACGUCAUGUUCUGUAGUCAGUACAGCUAGCGCGUAUUCUUGUUUGUAUGUACGUCCUUGGGGCUCUCGUUGGCUCAGUCACCUUAAAGCUACGCUUUCGCCACAGUCAACAGGCCCUGACUUCAACGAAUAUUCGAACUUAGCAGGGCUCGGCUCCACAAAGGCAUUUCUGACUUUAAAUUAGAAAUUUAAACCUCAUCACAGUAUUUGGAUUUUGGCAAUGGGAGAUGAAGUUUUCUGGUAACAUUAUAAUUUAUCAGGUUGUAAAAAAAAUUAAUUUACGGGGCCGAAAAGGUAAGUUCAAAACUUUUGACUUCAGAAAGAAAUGGCUGUAUACCUGCAUGGCGGAAGGUUGGUUCUUAUCGUUGCGUUCUACCAGGUCCUUUCUCUUAUAAAUCUAUAUAUCGUGUGAUUUAUCACCAGGUACUGAGUUCAUAAACGAUCUGUGUUUGUCACGGAACACGGUAUACUAAUAUUGUGUGCUGCAUCCGUCAUUGGCAUGGGUUGGUUGUACGCUCCGCAUGCCGUGUGCUGACUUCUACCACAUGUCUUGUAUUGUGUCAGAUGCAAUGGCCAUUUCUCAGAUGCGAAUCCCAGGGUUUUCCACUUUAGAAAGUAAUUACUGUGAUAUUCGAGGGAAAUGAAAGAACCUAUGAAAUGUCCUUUCAUCUCAGUGCAAUUAUCAUAUGUUAACCUUUUUAUACUGUGCGUCCAUUCCAUGUACCUGGUCUAUUUUGUGAUAGCAGCAAUAUAUACUCAAAUUGUAUAGUGUGCAAGGGUAAAUGGUAUUUCUCUCUGAGUUAUAUAUACGACUACUGUACAGCAAAUGAAACAAUUGUAAAUUUUCUCUGAAGAAUUUAUUUCCAGAAUACACACAAACAAACUAUACGAUUAUUGUUAUGUA